UCCUGCUUCGGUGGCGGUGGGCUUCUUCCCUUUCCCGCCUUCUUCAGCAGGAGGAGAGAGGAAGGAGGCGCUGGGCUUUCCAAGGCGAGCCGGGGGCUGGGCUCGUCCUGCCUGCCUGCGGGCCAGAGAACAGAGCAGCAGCAGCCUCUGGGUCCCUCCCUCUGCCCUCAGCGGCGGCCACUCGGGAGUCGGGAGUCUCGGGACCUUCCCCCUCCGACUCCAGGGAUAAAGAGAGGCUCCCCUGGAAGGCGCCUCUUUCUUUCCUUCUCUCCUUCUUCCCUCCUGGGCUUCUGCUGCUGCUGCUGCUGCUGCUGCCGGGGAGGAUGGCUCUCCUUGGGCAGACGGAGGUGGGCCAGCUCCAGGCGCUGGAGGAGCUGGUCCAGGAGCUCCAUCACUUGUUCUCCGGAGAGAAGAAGGUCAACGCGGCCCAGGUCCAGACCGCCAUGGAGUCCUACGAGAGCAACCCCGGGGACUGGGCCAGAUACGCCCAGUUCGACCAGUUCAGAUACACAAGAAAUCUUGUGGAUAAAGGAAAUGAGAAGUUCAAUCUCAUGAUCUUAUGCUGGGGAGAAGGCCAUGGCAGCAGCAUCCAUGAUCACACAGAUUCACAUUGCUUCAUGAAGAUACUUCAGGGAAAUCUAAAAGAAACAUUAUUUGAGUGGCCUGACAAAAAAGGGGUUGGAGAAAUGCAGAAGAAAUCAGAAAGAGUUUUGAAGGAAAAUCAGUGCGCCUACAUUAAUGACACCAUUGGCUUGCAUCGAGUGGAGAACCCAAGCCAUACUGAAACAGCUGUUAGCCUGCAUUUGUACAGCCCACCUUUUGAAUCCUGCUAUACCUUUGACCAAAGAACUGGACACAAGCAAAGAGUGAAAAUGACAUUCUAUAGCCAGUUUGGAGAAAGGACUCCAUAUACAACAUCAGUUUCACAAGAGAACAACUGAGAACAACCCAAGGCCUGAGGAUUUGUACUUUUUCUAAGCAGAAGGAAGAUUGUAUGGUUGGACCAAGUGGUGUCUGAAUAAUUAUACCUAGGACUACAGUAGGAAAACUUCAUGGUCAUGUAGAUUCUUUUUAUUUCUUGAAAACGAAAGAGGGUAAUGUCAUGGCCAGUUGCAGAAUGGAAAUAACCAUAUAAUCGGGGUUCUUUUGCCACCCCUUCUCAAUUAUGUAUUUGAGACUAUGUACACACACAUUCAGAAUUUGGGCUUUUAAGUAUGGUAUUACUGUUAGCAGCCCCAACUUUAUGAAUUUAUGCCAGUUUAACAAGUAAGGUAAAUUGUUAGACUCUGGACAGCAUUAACAUAAUUAAUGAUGUAUUCAUCAUGCUCUUGGGUGGGUAACCUGUGGCCCUCAAGAUAUUGUUAGACUGAAGCUCCCAUCAGCCCUAACCAGAAUAACCAAUAAUGAAGAGCAAUAAUUAAAUCCACUAUUCUUCGUUAUUCAGAGGAUCACAUGUUGCCCAUCCCAACUUAGAAUGGGAGCUGUAUACUGUCAACAGCCUUGUUUUAUCAUGCGUUUAAUGUUCUGUUGGAACUUUUAAAUCAUUUGUGUAUUUUUAAAUCUCAUGUUAAGAGUGGGGUAGUUUUAAAAUGGGAACAGUAAUGAAUGUUUUGUACCAUUUUGUUUUUGUUCCAGAGAAAACAGUCUGUAAAAAUUGUUAAGGAUUUUCAAUGAGAUCAGCAUCUUGUUUUUAAGGUGGAUUGGGUUGUUAAAACCUAUCCAGCAACCUAAUUAAACCUGAAUUUUGGGCACAAAUUUCAAAA